AAGGGCGUUUCUGGGUUGCAUGUGGCACACACUACAGUCUCUGACAGCUUUAAAGAAUGUAGUCAGUUCUUCUAUAUGCAUACAGCACCCACAGGGAUCCGAGGGGGCAAUCUGAGGAGGAUAUGCCAACGUUACGGAGAUAAACUACGUUAUGCCACACUGUAUGACAGCAGUCGCAGACUGGCACUUUACUCAGCUUACACCUUCAAAAAGUCAGAUGGACAAAGGAGGAUGGACACACCCUGGAUGUAUGAACCACAGCUGGCUUCUGCUGAUGAAAGCGGGAACAUGAGAGUGUUGCCCUCUAGUGGUGAAACAGACCCACUGAUUGAGGAGAGCCAGGCUGUACUAGCAGACUAUGAUGAUGCAGUGAAUUACGAGCGUGGCCCACUUAACCCUGAUCAGCACCAGGCGGACAACCAGGACAAAGCAGCUACCUAUACACUCACAAACGUGGUCCCUCAGAUUACAGAUUUAUUAGAGGGCCCAUGGACUGCGUAUAUUGAUGUGGUCCGACGGCGCCUUAAUAACUUCUGCCAUGGGGUUGCCUAUGUGGUGUCUGGGGUGACCGUUUCAGGGGUAACCAUUCGAAAAGGAAGGGAGGAUCGCAUAGCUGUCCCAAAGUACUUGUGGUCAGCUUACUGCUGUCCACGGUAUGAUCGAAACUCACCCUAUGAAGUACGGUACAUGUUGCCUUCUUAUGCAGCAUAUGCUUUGAAUGAGAUAGUGGGACACAGUGUUACAGAAUUGUCUUUGAAGGCUUUGAAGACCUUUCUGAAAAAUCAGACUGACAUGGACAAAAGCGUGAGCAUCUUUUUCAAAGACUGUGUCUCAGAAAACACACAUACCAAGAAGUGAAAGAACUAUGUAGACUUCUGAAAAGUUUGUAUAUUUUAUAUUUGUUUGAAUGUUAUUUGGCUUCGUACAUAUGUGUUUUGUUGAUAAUGAAUGCAAGAACCAUUCAAGAGAUUA